AUGCUUUAAGUACCUUGUUAUAAACACGAAGGAUAAUAUUUAUUGUUUUUUCUACCAGAAUAAGAGAUAACUUAAUACUUUUGUGAUAUCUGCCUUCUCUCAUUGUAAGAAAAUCCAAAUUUAGAAAAAUUUUAAAAGCUAAUUCAUAUCAAUAAAGUAAAAUUGAAUUUCAUUAGGCAUUAAAAUAACCUGAAUAUCUAAUUACUAAAUUGGAUAUCGACAAAUAGUUAUAUAAUUAUUUUACUGAGUUCAGUAAAUAAGAUGAUUUUGCUUUAAUUACCGAACUUAAGGAGAUUGAAUAAAAGAUCCAAGAAAUGCAUAAAACCUUAGCAAACUUGUUUUAGGAACUUUAAUUAUUUAUAAAGGCUAGGGAAGAUCUGAAAUAAAAAAUAAGAGAUGAUUUAAAUUAGGUAAUUAGUAUAUAUUAUCGAGAUCGUUAAAAUUGACCAAUUGAAGGAAAUAAUAAUAAGUUUGAAUUAGUUAGGCGAUACUGUCAAUCCAUAAGCUAUUGAAAUGAGUGAGUAGAACUUACAUUAAUAUAUAAAAAAUUUAAUUUAAAAUAAUGGAGCCUAUUUAAAUGAGAAACUUUUUAUUGCUUUGGAUUAAAAGUAAAAUCUUAAAAAUUUGAAGAUUGAGAGAUUUUCAGAAUUUCAAAAAUUUACUGAAUUAUAUCAUCAAAUUUCAGAUUAACAUUUUAGAUUAAAUAAAUUGGUAUCACUAAAUCUUGAAACCAAAAUAAAUUGUAAACUACUAAAAUAAUAAUUUUUCUAAAAAAUACAAGAUACCAUUUAGAGCAAAACAGCUAAAAAAUUAUUAUAGGCUUAACUGAUUUUUUCAGGAACAAAAGAAAAUUUAAAUGGAAAUUUAUUUUUAACAAAAGUAAUUGGUAAAAGCAAUUUGUUAUUUGUUUUUAAAUCCAGCAGUUAGAAUAUAUUUGGAGCUUAUACUCCUUGCAAAUGGAUUAAGAUAGAUUCUAACUAUUAAUAUAUUCAAGAUGAUUAAUGCUCUUCCUUUAUAUUUUCAUAAACCUAAGAUUAAAUUUAUCCUUUGAAAUAAGAUUAAAAGUAAUAUGCCCUCUGCUGUCAUUCAGGCUAUCCAAUAGCCUUUGGAGGUGGUCAUGAUAUAUCAAUCAAUUCUGAUUUUUAAACUGGCUAUUCCAAACUAGGAUUUUCCUACAAAUGGGACCAAUAUUAAGAUGCCUCAAGCACUCAUUUGUUUGGCUAAGAUCAACCUAAAAUUCAGGAAUGUGAAGUCUUCGAAAUAAAAUUUAUUUGA